UUCGUAGGGAAGGGGAUGCUGACAGGGGUCAUUGCAGGAGCCGUGUUCACCUCCCCGGCGGUGGGCAGCAUCCUGGCAGCCAUCAGGGCAGUGGCCCAGGCAGGCACAGUGGGGACCCUCCUCAUCGUGAAGAACUACACUGGGGAUCGGCUCAACUUCGGCCUGGCCCGGGAGCAGGCCCGGGCUGAGGGCAUCCCCGUGGAGAUGGUGGUCAUCGGGGAUGACAGCGCCUUCACCGUCCUGAAGAAGGCAGGCAGGCGGGGACUCUGCGGCACAGUGCUCAUACACAAGGUGGCAGGUGCCCUGGCUGAGGCAGGUGUAGGGCUGGAGGAAAUCACAAAUCGGGUGAGCGUGGUUGCCAAGGCCAUGGGAACCCUGGGAGUGAGCUUGUCCUCCUGCAGCGUCCCUGGCUCCAGACCCACCUUUGAGCUCUCACCAGACGAGGUGGAGCUAGGCCUGGGGAUCCACGGGGAAGCUGGCGUGCGCCGGAUAAAGAUGGCAUCCGCCGACGAGAUCGUGACACUCAUGCUCGACCACAUGACGAACUCCUCCAACGUGUCCCAUGUGCCCGUGCAGUCUGGCUCCUCAGUGGUGCUGAUGGUCAACAACCUGGGUGGCUUGUCAUUCCUGGAACUGGGCAUCAUGGCCGACGCGGCUGUCCGCUCUCUGGAGGGCCGCGGGGUGAAGAUCGCCCGUGCCCUAGUGGGCACCUUCAUGUCCGCCCUGGAGAUGCCUGGCAUUUCUCUCACCCUUCUGCUGGUGGAUGAGCCUCUCCUGAAACUGAUCGAUGCCGAAACCACCGCAUCAGCCUGGCCCAACGUGGCCAAGGUCUCCGUGACCGGGCGGAAGCGGAGCCGGGCAGCCCCUGCCGAGCCUCUGGAGGUCCCCGAUUCCACUGCCACAGGAGGCUUAGCCUCGAGGCAGACGGUGCUUGUGCUGGAACGGGUGUGCGCCACCCUCCUGGGCCUGGAGGAACAUCUGAAUGCCCUGGAUCGAGCUGCCGGCGACGGGGAUUGUGGCACCACCCAUAGCCGUGCUGCCAGAGCAAUCCAAGGGUGGCUGAAGGAGGGUCCACCCCCUGCCAGCCCUGCCCAGCUACUCUCCAAACUGUCUUUCCUGCUGCUGGAGAAGAUGGGAGGCUCCUCUGGGGCGCUCUAUGGCCUGUUCCUGACUGCGGCGGCCCAGCCACUCAAGGUCAAGACAGACCUGCCAGCCUGGUCUGCUGCCAUGGAUGCCGGCCUGGAGGCCAUGCAGAAGUACGGGAAGGCUGCUCCAGGGGACAGGACUAUGCUGGAUUCCCUGUGGGCAGCAGGACAGGAGCUCCAAGCCUGGAAGAGCCCAGGGGCCAAUCUGUUCCAUGUUUUGACGAAAGCAGUCCAGAGUGCGGAGGCUGCAGCCGAGGCCACCAAGACUAUGGAAGCGGGAGCCGGGAGAGCCAGUUACAUCAGCUCUGCGCGGCUGGAUCAGCCGGACCCUGGGGCAGUGGCCACGGCCACCAUUCUCCGGGCCAUCCUGGAGGCCCUGCAGCACGAGGGUGUGUGA